CGUACUUCUCCUUGCUUCCUUUUUACUUCCGGAUGUUCACAUUCUGGCUGCAGUCAAACAACCUGUCUAGAUGCAAACAACGUUACCCUCCGUGGUUUAACACAAUGAAGAUCGUUACUUGGAACAUAAAUGGUAUAAGGACUUUCAGAGGCGGCAUUAAAACGGCUCUUGAUUCACUGGACGCAGACAUUAUCUGUGUUCAAGAGACUAAAGUGACAAGAGACUUGCUUGAUGAAAGAACUGCCAUUGUUGAUGGCUACAACUCCUAUUUCAGCUUCAGUCGAGGACGCAGCGGCUAUUCAGGGGUUGCCACUUACUGUAAAGACAGUGCCACUCCAUUUGCUGCUGAGGAGGGUCUCACGGGUCUGCUGACCAACCAUGAAGGGGCUGUUGGGUGCUAUGGUGACCAGACUGAGUUCUGUAGCAAGGAGCUGCAGCUUUUGGACAACGAAGGACGAGCUGUUAUCACUCAGCACAGAAUCAUGUGUCAGGACAAAGAGCAAACUGUUACUGUAAUCAAUGUAUACUGUCCUCGGGCUGACCCUGAAAAGCCAGAGCGAAAGCAGUUCAAACUGCAGUUUUACAAGUUGCUUCAGAGUCGGGCUGAGGCUAUACUGAAAGAAGGGAGCCGUGUGAUUGUUUUAGGAGAUGUAAAUACAUCUCACCGGCAAAUAGACUACUGUGACCCCAGUGAUGUUGAUGAUUUUGGUGAAAACCCCGGUAGGAAAUGGCUGAAUGGCUUUUUACGCAGUGGCAUACGAGAGGCAGAGGAAAUGAAUGAGCAGGAACCUGGUGAAGAAUCUGAGGUAACCUCAACAGAUCCCACCGACAGUGGAAAAUUUGUGGAUACCUUCCGCUAUUUCCACCCAACUCGCACCAGCGCCUUCACAUGCUGGUCCACUCUCACUGGAGCGCGGCAGACCAACUAUGGCACACGCAUUGACUAUAUAUUUGCUGAUUGCCAGCUAGCCAAGGAGCAGUUUGUGGCAGCAGACAUCAGGCCAGAGGUGGAGGGGUCGGACCAUUGCCCUGUGUGGGGCCAACUGAGCUGCUCUCUCGUCUCCAGCUCCAAGCCUCCCCUCCUCUGUACAUGCUACCUGCCAGAGUUCGCUGGCAAGCAGCAGAAACUCUCCCGCUUCCUUGUUAAGGUGGAUCAAAAAUCAAUUCAGCCUGAGCUGAGGGAUGCAUUACCGGGAUCUCAAGAAGAGGAGGAAAGGAGGGAGAAUUUAAACCCUUCCACAGCUGGGAUCGUCUUUGGUAAAAAACGGUUAUUAACAUCAGACUGUGUUGUCCCAAAGGGGAAAAAGACUAAGACAGUUAAGACCUCUUCUAAGCCACAGGGCAGCCUCCUUUCCUUUUUCAAACCCAAACUCACAAAUGUUGUUACCUCAUCACAGAGCUCUCAAAAAGCGCCCACAACUAGUGAGAUCGGCGUACCUGUAGAUACUGAGCCUGUCUCUGGUUCACAACAGCAGUGCAGCAGCACCAUGGAGGAAAGUGACAAGCCAAUGAAGACAACACAGUUAACCCCACAGCCCUCUGUGGGAUGCUCAGGUGCCAAGAAAGGGGCAUCGUUAGUGUUUUGGAAGUCAGUGCUUCAUGGACCUCCCCCACCCCCCCCUUGUAAGGUCCAUAGGGAACCAUGUGUGCUUCGUACUGUAAAGAAGGAGGGUCCAAACAUGGGCAAACAGUUCUUUGUGUGUGCCCGUCCUCAGGGACUUGCCUCCAACCCCGAAGCUCGGUGUAAUUUCUUUGCGUGGGUCGACAAGGGGAAGUGACAUGUUCACUAUCUGACUCGUCAUUAAAAUCUCUAGCUCAAACAAGUAUUUUUAUACUACUACAGAGAUCGAACAUUUCACAGAUUUUAAUUGUUGACUGUGUUUUCUUCUUUGCUAACAUUUAAUAUUAAAAGACAGUAGUUUUCUAA